AUGCCGGAUCCUUUCGUGAAAGAUGAAAUCCAUGAGAAGAAGGUCAUACUGAGCGUCUGGUGGGGAGUUCUUGGAAUCUAUCGUUUCGAACUGUUACCGGACAACACGACAGUUACUGCCGAGGUCUACUGCGCCCGAAGCUCGACAACGUUCGCCUGCUGCACGAUAACGCGCGCCCUCACAUCGCGAUCUCUUCCCAGAAAAUUCUGGAGCUUGGUUGAGAAGUUCUACCGCACCCGCCGUACAUCCCGGUCUCCGAGCGACUACCACUCCUUCCGAUCGCUUCAGCAUCACCUGGAAGAGAAGCGCUACGAUGAUCGUGACCACCUCGAAAAUGACCUUCGGGCUUUCUUCGCCUCCAAGUCGCCGGAGUUCUACGCCAAAGGAAUCCGUGAUCUUGUGAGACGUUGGCAUAAGGUUGUCGAUGUUAAUGGAGAUUAUUUCGUCGAAUAA